CUGCAUAACGGCUGCGAUUGCCGUGAUUCAAGGCUGGCUCCUCCUCGUCGUGAUGCUACUUCUCCGUCCCUCGCUUUCCAUGCCCGGUCGUCCUCUCCUGACCCUGACCUGAUUGCCUCGCUAUCGGACUCGCUGCCCACCACCCCUCCCCCGCCGCUCUAUUCCACCCUGGCUUCGAUACUCUCAAAGGUGGAUUCCCCCGACAAAGCCGUGGCCCCCUCCGCCGCCGUCAAUCCGCCCUCCCCGGCCUCCUCCAUCUCCCGUGCCUCCAGCAGCAACGAUGCCGGUCACGCGAUCCCCUCCGGUCUCCAUCCCCGGGUGGCCGUCAUCCUCGGAGUCGAUCGGAAAUGGUACCUGCCGUUGCUGAUCUGUCGUGCACUGAGUACCGUGCCCGCGGCGUGGUGGGGGCUGCGAUGUGCCUUCACCUUCCUGGCCGAACUUCUUCACAUCCGGCCGGGUGUGGGACAUGAGGGCUGGGCGGCAGCGAUAGUGGGGAGUGUUGGACAACAUUGGGAUGUUGAGCGAAGGUUUCGCGUGACUGAGGUGGCAUUGGCUAUUAUGUGGUGCUGUGCAUCUGCAUAUCUUUCCUACUUUUUUGCUGAUUGUAUGAUGUCUCGAUGGUACGUGCUUUUAAACUAUACCCCGCCAGCUGUUGUUAUUCGUCUCCUCACUACGAACGGUUUGAUUGCUUAUAUCACUUCUUGGGUCCUUUAUCUCUCCGGUGCUUCUUCCGACCCUCGUCUUCUCCUUCCGGCUUGGAUAUCCAUUACAACUACCCUAACCUUCCUCUACCACGCCACUCAAAACCACGCAACCAUCAAGCGCGAAACAGCAGCCGCUCUCCUCGUCUUGGCCGUCGCCAGUUUCGUCAGCAUGUCGUCACUCCUGCUCCAGCUCCAUCUCACCCGGGAGAACGAGCCCGAGGUCCCUGUCUUUGUGAUCACCCGCAAACUCUGGGACUGGGCCGUGACUAUCUUCCUUAAUAUGCGUGUUUCGGAUGAUCGAGCUGCUGCUGUGGGUGCUGCUGGGGUCGGGGAAUUGUGA